AAAAAGAAAAAAAAAAAUCCAACUUUUCUGUGCAUCUCCACGUCACACGCACGCGCACCAUAAAUUUGGCAUCCUAUGCAAAUGUAUGCUGACGUAAAAGAUCAUGUGGUUUUUGUCGUCGAGCCCCCCUAUGAGCAACGAGGAGGUUUUCUUUUUUUUUUUUUCUCCUCUCUACUGUUGUCUUUAGGUUAGCUAUGCUACAAUCUUUACUGUAACGCAGCGCUAGCUAUAUGCGCCGCGCGCGGCUCCACUCGGGAUAUCUGGACAUAAUCAACUUCCAGCCGCUCGCUCCUCGCUCCCGCAGCCCGCACACAGACUCCAGUAGAGAUUACCCAGAGUGCCGCUGGCUUAAGGAUCGACCAGGAAGAGCUGAAAGAAGGCGAGGCUGGGAAAACGAAGGGCAGUGUUUGGAUGAGGAGGUGAACCCUCAGGAGGAGCCAGAACCCGCAAAGAGCCUCCCGGUAGAGGAAGUGCAAUUGAGCACCUCUGCUGUCUGUGAUGCCCUCCCAUGACGCCCAGGUUAGUAGCUGACACUGCCAGUGAGCGGGAGACGCCACUGCACAACCGGUCGCGGGCCUGCGCCAUCAGCCGGUUCUCGCCCUCCCUCUCACACGCUGGAGACUCCAACUCCAACCACCUACCAGUGUCCACACGCAUUAACGACGAUCCACCCCUGUAAGUUUCUCUCCGAAACCGACACGCUGACGUCCACGGCCACCAGCAGCAAUUGCCAAAACCUGCAACAUCAUCGAAGCAAUCCGCAACACCAGCAGCAUCACUACCAGCAGCGCUCAUCAUGUCCAGCCGUAGAAAGUCCUCCAACCCUUGCAUGGUCAGGGUCAUCAGCGACCUGCCUGAUGAGCAGGACGACCCAGAGGAGGUGACAGGCUUGCAAGGAUCGUCAGGCAAAGUUCUGACAGAGAAAGAACAAUCUGAAUCAUCAGGAUCUACAGAAAAGGGGGGAAACCCCCAGCAAGUGAAAUCAGACCAGCAGACAUGUUUGCAACAGGCGGAAAAUGGGCACCCUGAGCCUUCUCUCCAUGAAGAGUUUGGUAAAGGACUGCAACCCCCAGUCAUUGAAGAAGUACAAGCCAGAGGGAUGAAAGACAAGGGAGAAACGGAAUCUGACCAAGUGUCUCAGAAAAAGCCGGCAAAAGGUUAUGAGUGCAAAUAUUGCCCAUUUUUGACACAAAACCUUAAUGACUUUAAAGGACACGUGGACUCUUACCACCCUAAUGUCAUUCUAAAUCCAAUGUACCUCUGUGCUGUGUGCAACUUCAACACCAAGAAGUUUGACUCACUUACAGAACAUAAUGAGAGCCAGCACCCAGGUGAGACUAACUUCAAGUUCAAGAGGGUAAAAAUGAACAAUCAGACUAUCUUAGAGCAGACAAUCGAAGGCAGAGACAAUUCAGCUGAAUGCGCGACGACAAAUGAAAAAGACAGCACCUCUGUGUUUGCACCAUGCGUAUCUACCGCGGUGAAAAGCCCGGGUAGUGUACAAUCGCUCUUUGGAGGAAGUGAACCGAAAAGCCGGCUGGACAGCUUGAUGCAACCGAAUCAAAUCACAGCCGUGAACAUCAACGGAACAGUCAUCAUCCCUGAACCCACCAUGCUCCAAGGGCUUUCCCAUGUUUCUCCAAUGCUCCAGCGUCCACCGAACUUCAAUUCUGUACCAAAAAUAGCCGUUCCACUGAACACUACCAAAUAUAACCCUUCUUUAGAUGACAACCUGACAUUAAUCACUUCCUUUAAUAAGUUUCCAUACCCGACACACGCUGAGCUGUCAUGGCUUACAGCUGCCUCCAAGCACCCGGAGGAGCAAAUCAAAGUGUGGUUUACCACCCAACGGCUGAAACAAGGCAUCACUUGGUCCCCAGAGGAGGUGGAAGAAGCCAGGAAGAAAAUGUUCAAUGGUUCAAUUCCUCCUGCCCAUCACACAUUCACAGUUUUACCUUCAAGCCCCAUUUCUGAGUCAUCUUCCAAAUCGUCCAAGCAGCCAAUUGUCUACACAACAGUUGAGUGUCCCAGUCAUGUACGAACACAUGCGUUAAAUGGGUCCAGUGUAGUCACCACUACGUACUCCUCUACAGGAAUCGUCAAUGGUUCCAGUCGUACCCUAAAGCGUUCCCUGCCCACACACCUAACAUCCGUCUGUGGCCCUGAAUCAAAGCGGCCCAUAAUGGCAGUUGCUCCGCAUCCCGGUGACCCUAAAGAUAAGGUCCUAAUGGCUCCUCCUCCACCGCCUCCCCCUCAAAAAGACCGCUUUCAGAUGGCCACACCUCCUGUUCGUAUGGAGGCAAGGAGAGGUGCAACUACUCCUUUGGUCAAUGCAGAGAUGAAGAGGCAAUCUAUUGCUGUGCCUUUAAUGCCACCUCCAUCGUCCUCUUCAACGCCUUCUUCAUCAUCGAAGGGAAAGAGUCUCUCUGUAGUUGGAAACACCAAAACAAAACCAGUUGUCUCUCUCCCAUCAAUAGUCUUUCCAGAGUCUUUAACAAGGCCAAUGAUAGCCCCUCCACCAAUCUGUGCCCCUCCAUUUAAAAACUCAUUGUUGAUUCCCCGCACUGCACCCCUCUCUUCCAAAGAAAAGCACGCCAAUCCCCACACUUUGCCAGCUUCUGAUUUGACUCUACCAAACUCUCCCCCACCUAAUAAUUCACAGAUAAGAAGGCCACCUAUUAUCCAGUCCAUUCGUACUCCAUCUAAAACUCCCUCGCAGAUUCAGGGGUUUCCUGCAGAUGUCAGUAAACUAAAAGAGCCACAAGGUGUAGAUCUCAAAGCUAACUACCCCAGAGGAGACAAAGUCCCCAGUCUUCUGGCAGAGGCCAAUGGGACUUCGCAUUUGGAUGGGAAAUGGACCCACGGUCAGUUGUCCUGUGGUAAUAACAAUGGAAUUGUGCAUUUGGACAACGGUGACACACCAGUAACUCGGAAGCCAGAUUUUCAGCAGAAGUCCUCAGUGAUGACUCAAUUCCCUUUGCUUGAGAGGAUGAAAGGUAAAACAGCAAAACAACUGAAGAUCUUGGAGGAAAGUUUCUUGGGAAACAGCUUUCCUACACAAAGUGAUGUAGACAAUCUGGCAGUUACUACGGGCUUGUCCCAUCAGGAAAUCGAAAGUUGGUUUGGGGAGCGGCGUGCGUUGCGGGAUAAUCUGGAGCAGGCCCUCCUGAACUCCAUGGGCACAAAGAGGGUCGGCAUUGGUGGUACUGCUGGCAUAAGUGAGAACAAACUUAGUCAGCAGCACCGAACUCUGCAAUUGAAUGGGAUUCACAAAACAAGCACGACCUUGGGCAGUGUCAAAAGUCCUCCUCCACCAGCACCUCCUGGUGCCGUUCUGCCCUCUAUUCCCAAACCGAAUUCCUGUUUAGUGCCUCCAGAAAGCCAAUCCCUGGCACUCCUUAAGGACGAUUUUCCUCAAACUCAGUGGCCUUCCCUUGAGGAGUUUAGCCAGCUGGAGGGUCAAAUGGGCCUGCCUCGCACGGAACUUAGCCGCUGGUUCACUGACACACGGCUGCAGAGCAGCAGUGUGGAGCUGAAAGAGCUUUUUCAUAAAAAUGGAUUAAAUGGUGUGCAGGGGCAGCCUGUAAGUGCCCUUGAGAACACUCCAUCCAGCAUCAUACAAGCCUGCCAGGACGGAGCCGUCACGAACAACAGCAGUAAGGUGCUGGAGAUGGAGUUGGGCUGGCUCAUGGACCAGCGUUACAAGCACUUCAGCAGUCAGCAGCACGCUGAGCUCCAAGACCGGUUUGCUGGCAGACUGAGGCCGCAAAGUGCAGCAGAGCUGAAGAACGGGGGACAGAACUGGGGAGUCAUGGGAGGAGCACGGGGCAUGUUUGGGGGCUGGCUCGAUGAUGGACACUUUAGGAGGGGACGGGAGCUGCUCCUGGACAUGGACAGGAAGAUGGCAGAGGAGACGUCUGGGCGUCUGACUGGAUAAUUGGUGCGAGUUGGACUCGUCUCUGCCGCUGCUGCUGGAAUCGUACGAGGAUCGAAAAUGAAGAACGGAGCUACAAAAAGAAUUCUUUUUUUUCAAUUAACAGAUAUUGUAUUUUUUUUUCUUUUCUUUUUCUGUUUUACUGAUUUUUAUGAUUGUCGCAUCCGAGGUCACGCAGGACGUCCUCCUCCGCCAUGCUGGAGGUGAUCUCAUCUUUGUUCUUGACCUGCCGUGACCCCCAACAUUCAUGUGACGCUUAAUUAAGACACGGGGGCGGGGGGGGGUGGGUGGCCUCAGAGCUGCAGGCUUUUAUUUUGGCGAGGAGCAGGCACGCAUCGGUGCUGGAGGGAGAUGAGCUCUGAGAGAAAUUCAGGGUCACGAUGUGUGAAGAAAAUUGAAAUUUCCCUCCAAUUCAGUGGAUUCCAGGUGUCCCCCCCCCCCCCCCCCCCUGUUCUGCACAGUAAAAGUGAGUUGGAUUUUCCAGGUAUAAAACCAAACGGAGGCGUGUCGGUGUGGGCGCCGCUCAAAGACGACAGGCGUUGCUGUGAUCUCAGAUGUGGCGGCGUUCUCUUAAUGCGAUAACGUUUCCUUUAAGGUGUGCGGCGCCGUUAUGUGGAACAAAGUUCACGGUUCCUGUUGAGAGUUACACCGAAUCUAGGACCUUUGCUUUCCUAGAAAACAUACUUUUUCCCCAGAAAGGACGUCUAAAAAGAGAAAGUACGCUGGAAAAUUCCGUUUUUUUUAACAUGAUUAUUGUGAGAAUUAUGGAUAAGCACAGUAGGAUCAGUUCACACGUUCCUCUUCCAAAAGAUGAACCAUGACUUUCUUAUUCUGAACGUCGUUUGCCAAGAUAAUGUUUUUAUUUCCUAAUUUCGUGCCCAGACUGGUGACGACGAGGAACUUAACAAAAGAGAAAUUAUUUCAAAUUAGAGCAUGAAGUCGGCUUAUUUAUAGAUUUUAAUCAAAAACACUUAAGUGGAAAAACAGGAUUUAUGACUUCUUUUUUUUUUUCUAUUCAACAAUCACAUCACAAACCUCCCCCCUUUAGAAGUUUAGCCAGCGAUCAUCCGGAUUUGUAUUUUUCUGAGCAUUCUACUUAGAAGAAAGCCGAGUCCCAUUAACAUCUGGAAGCUGGAUAAUAAGCGUUUCUCGCCGCUCUAAACUUUGCCCGUUCCGCUGGAGUUGCUUCAUGAGCGACAUGUCCCUGUAAGCCCCUUAAAAGCCCCUUAAAUCCCACAAGUUUCCCUUGAAGUGAGCCCGGAGGGAGCGGGGGGGGGGGGGAUUAGCGGGUGGUGAACCCGGCGGAUGGAUGGAUGGACCACCAGACGUGGGUGAGGUGAUGUUUUGCGUGACCCGGUUGCCGUGGAGAUGUGAACAAGGUGAACCAGAGCACUGAAUGUGUGCCUGCAGCAGCAGUCUGACUGUACACACUGACUGACAGACAGGGUUGGAUUGAAAAACAAACAAACAAACAAGAAAAAAAGAAAAAAAACACACAAAAACGCCGAGUGCCAAAGCUGGGAUCUGCUGCAUUCUCACUACACUUUUAAAGAAGGGUCCUUCUUCUUGUUGAUGUACAUAGAUCAUAUAUGUUGGUUUGUUUUUGCUUUCCUGUAUUGAUACAGAUUUGUAAAAUUUUGCGGAAAAGGUUUGUUACAUUUUUGUAAAAUGGGAGCAAUUCGUCCCCCUCCGAAACUUCCCCUCCCCCCCUUUCUUUUUUUUUUUUUUUUUUUUUUUUUAAAUCCUAACCAGUUUGUCUCGGCUUUUGUUUGUUAGUUUGUUUUAUUUUUUUCCCUAAAACCACACGGUGCCAGCAGUGGUAUUUGGUGGAUUUUAUUUUAUUUUUUUCCCUUUCCUUUCCCGUCUCUCCUUCUGGACUGAACCGGAGUGGAACCACUACAAAAAAAAAAAAAAGAGG